GGCGGAGGAACCAGCGCGAGAACGAGAACGAGGCGAGAGCGCCAGGAAAAGAGCGAGCUCGAGGCGAGCGCGCCGCAGUACCGCCGCCGCCGCCGCGCGAGAGCGAGCUGCCAACCGUCCGCGGCGGUCACGAGGCGCCCGACUGAGGGACUGCGGGCAGCGGACGGCCGGUGGGACGGAGAGAGGAGGCGGGCGGCGGGCGGGCCCCAUGGCGAGGCGCGGCUUCUCCGGCAGCAGCGGCGCAGCCUCCCCGGCCCGCGGGCUCUAGUCCCCCGGAGCGGCCUCUCGCUCGCUCGCUCCCUCCCUCGCUCGCUCGUCGCCAGCGGCCUCGCUCCCGGCUCCGGCCCUCGGGCGCCCCCUCCUCCCUCUCUUUUUCCCUUCCAUCCUUCCCCGCGACCUCGGACGGGUUGGCGGCGGCCGAGCCCCGGCGGGAGGAGGAGGAAUCCGCCUCUAUGAUGAAGUUUAAGCCGAACCAGACGAGGACCUACGACCGCGAGGGUUUCAAGAAGCGGGCGGCCUGCCUGUGCUUCCGCAGCGAGCAGGAGGACGAGGUGCUGUUAGUGAGUAGUAGUCGGUAUCCAGAUCAAUGGAUUGUUCCUGGUGGAGGAAUGGAACCUGAGGAAGAGCCAGGUGGAGCUGCAGUAAGAGAGGUGUAUGAGGAGGCUGGUGUCAGAGGAAAAUUAGGCAGACUUCUGGGGAUAUUUGAGCAGAAUCAAGACCGCAAGCAUCGCACUUAUGUUUAUGUUCUUACUGUCACUGAAAUAUUGGAAGACUGGGAGGAUUCUGUUAACAUAGGAAGAAAGAGAGAAUGGUUCAAGGUUGAAGAUGCCAUCAAAGUUCUUCAGUGUCAUAAACCCGUGCAUGCUGAGUAUUUGGAAAAAUUGAAGUUGGGCUGCUCACCAACCAAUGGAAAUUCCAUGGUUCCCACCCUUCCAGACAACAAUUCUUUGUAUGUAACUUCUGCACAGACUUCGGGGUUGCCAUCUUCUGUAAGAUAAAUAUCUAGGUGACCAUACCCAGUUUCACAGGGAGAAGUCUUCUGUAUUUGACAUCCACAUGUUUAAACUGCCUGAAUUGUCAUAAUGCUGUUUAUUCAAGCAGUUUUCAUAUUUUUCAGAUGCUUUUUAAAUAUUUCCCUUUUUCUUUGACAGUGUAAAAAUAUUUCAGUAAACCAAAGCCAUAUGGAAUUUUUUUUUUUUUUAAGAUGCCUUAACUGUGUGCCCUCUCCCUUGCCUAAAAUGCAUUUUUAUUUUUGUUUUUUCAGACUACUCUGCAUUCUGGUUUUCACAUCAACUUACCUAGUGUGGUAGUCUGAAGUUUUUUGUUUUGUUUUUUGUUUUUGUUUUUAAAGGAAGUCAAGGGGAGAGAUGACUGGGUACUUUCCUAAAAGCAUUGACCCAUUGAAAACAAGCCUUCUAUAUAGUGGUUUUUUAGAUUUUAGAGCUAAUUUCAAAAUAUUAAAAUGUUUAUAGUGCCACUUUGUUUCAGAUAGCCCUCCUGUUUACUUGGAAAUUAGAGAGAGAAGAUGUGUAUUAAACACCAUUUCUCUUCUAUUAGAGGGUAUUGUUUUGUAUACAUGUGGUAUCUUUUCCCUCAAGAUUCAAACAGUUUUUUCCAGUGCUGAGUAUAGAAGACAUUUCAUUAUGAGAUACCACUAUGAUAAGACAUACACCCUGGAAAUAAAUAAAAUAGGCUCAUGAAAAACAGCAUUAAGAUUCAUCAUCAACCUCCUUUUUGUGCAGAAUUUCCUAGAUAAAGCAUGUUACUGUUUUUAAUGGGGAAAAAACCCUUCUUUAUACAAUUAAUCAUUUUCAUGACAUUUUCAUUUGGUUUGUUUCAUUAAUCCACUGCUACAAAUAGCACACUGGCAUCAAGCUCAAAUACUUUCUCAUUCAGUUUCUGCCAUUCCUUUUAAUCCCUGGCCACCUCUUCAUUAUCUUUCCUGGCAAUCAGUAGCCAACAGAAUUUAAGAUAUCCAGGUAUAUGAUGGAGAGCUUACCUCGUUAUAGAACCUUUUAAAUGUUCUACAAACCCCUCAAAUUUCACUCCCAAUAAAAAUUUAGGAGUGGGACACUUUUGCAUUUCUUCAUUUGGAAAAAGAUUAUGACUGAGAGUUUUUAAGUUCUUUUCACUCUCAAAACAAGAUACCUAAAACCAAGGGUCCCAUCUAAAAUGCAAAUACCUCUAGCCUAAUCAGGUCAGAACUGAGGUUUUAAAUUUAAAGCAUUUUGAAGAGAUGUGGGGUUAAAAAUCAUUCUAUAAACAUUUGUAAAUAUUCUAAAUGGUAAAUAGUGAGUGUAAAGUGGAAAGUCCAUGUAAUUUAAACACUUUGUUAUUCAGUAUACAAAUCGUUAACCUACUUUUAAAACACAAUUGUGUAAAAUGCUGCUAUAAAUUAAAAUUGAGUGCUGUUACACUUUUAGGAAUUAUUGGUGCCACAGUUUGAAAUGAGAUCUUGUACCAUUCAAACACACCAGAUCUUAAGUACAAGUUCUAACUCAACAUGAAAAUAGGUUUUGAAAAUGUAUUACUGCUAAACAAAAGAAAUGACGAAAGUAGAAAAUGAACAUUUGGAGAAUUUCCUAUUCCAAAUUAUGUAACUUGAUUGAGAAAUGUUAUUUCUCCUUGUACAGGAAGUUAAACAUCUUAAAAAAAAAAAAAAAAAAAACCAAAAAACACAUUCUGGGCAAACCCUUUGCAAUCCCAUAAAUUGACUUAGAAAAAUUUCAUGGGCUAGAUGUUUCUCAGAGUAACUUAGUCAUUUGAGAAGUUUCUUUGAAUUACAAACAGCCAAAAGAAACUGGAUUUUUGUUUUAUGGACUCAAUGUUUGUACAUAAAACUACUCCCACUUAACAUUCUAUGACACUGGGGAUUUUUUAAAAAGCUUGUACAUGGUAUUCUUAGAGGUAAUAAUGCAUGCUCUUAUUUUGUAACUCAAACUAUGUAUUUGAUAAAAAUGUAAAAAUGUACAGUAUUGAUGUUAACCAACUCCUAAGAGUUGUUAGCCUAUAAAUAUUUUGUUGUAUAAUUUUUUUGGUCAGCACAUUUGGGCUUAGUAGUGCCAUAUUCGGAUUCCUUAAUGCCAUUCAGUGUACAGAUCUCUUUAGUCUCUAUGCAACUUGCAAGUUUUCCUUUAAUUUAGUUUUGAUUCCUAAUGCUUCUCUUUGUAUAAUUUAACAGAACAUUUUACAGUUGUCAUAUUUCAAAGUAAAAUGUUAUCACCGCAGCAUUGGUUCUUGUUAAAUAGUUCAGACCAGUUUAGUAAAAUCACAUUUGUGAAAUCCUGAGGAUAGAUAGCUUUCUCUGGGUACAGAGACAGCUGAAGACACCUUCAGCUCAAACAGAGAUGAGCUACAGUGAAGUGGCUGAAUGUUCUCUCUCAUCCCAAUCCUCUAAAACUACAUUCUGUUUUUUAAAACAUUGUUCUCACAUAGUAGGCCAGUUAGUCACUGGUACAUUACUUGUGGUCUUCUUUGCAUAAAGAUUCACAAGUACUUGAUCCUUGUUCCCUGAAUUAUCUUGGAGUGGGCAGGAUGCCAUGUUAGGAUUAGAAAUAAAACUAAUUUAUAGAAAAAGACUAUUAGUAAUUUUGAUUUGUUGACAUUAGGAGAAAGCUGUUUUCUGCCCGUUUUGUAAAGGACAAUUGAAGUUUCCCAGCUGGGUAAGUGCCAUACUUGUUAACACUUAAGAACUUGGAAUGUCGGAGACCACUAAGGCAGUAAUCUUGGGGCCAUAUAUAUGGACCCAGGACCAGGGUUGGCCUAAUGUGGAAUUUUUCAAGAAAAGUCUGUUCUGUUGACAACCACCACUUAUUAUAAAGAAGCAAACUAAGGAAACAAAAGGCUGUAAACAUUUUUAAUUGUUCUGCAUGGUUUUCUUUUGAAGAUUGGUGUAAGAAUUUUGACUUUUUAUAUUUGAGAUAAAAUAUCAGAAUAAAAAUUAAAUAAA